AUGGAAGAUGUAAACAACUAUGAUAGAGAUAAUAAAAAGAUUAAAAGACGACUACUAUCAAAUCAAUCUUUAUUCUCAAGAAUAUUGAAUCAAACGUAUCUUAGAAAACUGAUAUUCAAUCAUGUUAGUUCUAUUCACAAACAGUUGAAUAUUAAAGUUGUUAGAUUAUCAUCUCUCUUUUUACCUAUACAAUACAUUCAAUAUGGUUUGAAUGAUCUAUUCUUUAAACAUAUAGAUUUACUUUGGAGUUUGAUGUUUGCAUCAUCUAAUGGUGUAUAUAGAAAUGAUCAUGCUGAUAAACUAACUAGAAUAAUGUCAACAGCAAUUCAUUAUAAUAAUCAUCAAGUAUUGGAAUACCUAUUAAAUAGAAUCAAGAAUGAAAUGGAUGAAUUUAAAUCGACACCCAUUACAAUCUACUUUGAUUACGCUAAAGAAUCAACUAAUGAAAAGAUACAUUGUCUUGGUUUAAAGAUAUUCAAGUUAUUGUCAGAUGAUAAUAUAUUGAUUGAAUCGGAUAUAUUAAUACAUCGGAUGGCAAAGACUGCAAUCAUUGUGAUUGGUGAUGUUGAUGUAAUUAGAAAUUGGUUCAAGAGAUACAAUCUUUCAGACCUCAAGAAUCUAUUUACAAUGUACCCAACAACAAAAGCCAAAGGUAUACCAACACUCUUUGAUUUAAUCAACAAAAAGACAGAUAUCGAAUUGAUCGAACUAUACAAUGUUGUGAAAAUUGUCAACAAGAAGAUGGAUAAAAGGAGUAGAAUGGAGAUUAUCUUGCAAGCAUUGGUGCAAGACCGUAUCAAAGUAAUCAUGCAUAUCAUUAAUGAUGGAAAAGCCAAGAAAUGGAAAAGACCUCUUGAUGCACUUCUCUUUUCACCAUACUCUUCCAAAAAGACACAAGAUUAUGAGAGAAUGAGAGCUCUCAAAUUCUACGGCAUCAAAUUCUGUUGGAAAUACGACUAUGUCGACCAAGAAGGAUUGACGCACAAGAUUAACAAUGGAACAGAUAUUGACUAUCUACGAUACAUUACAUCGCCACAAGUAUCGACACCUGCCGAUUUCAAAGUACAUGUCUCACGUUGGAAUUUUGCAAAGUCACUGGAAUCUGGAUGCCAAGAAGCAGUCUCGUUUAUACUAGAUUGUGUGCAAAAGGAUAGUACAAUUCGAAUCGACUGCAUUGCCACCGUGUUUUUUAAUCCAAUAUUUUGCUCACGUCAUUAUAUCGAUCUCUUGUCAGCACACGUCAUCAAUUCUGGUUCAUAUCACCCAUCAAAUCUCGUACAAUCAACACUCUUACAAGCACCAAAAGGAAAAGAGUAUGCAGAACUAGACUACCUUCUCAAAUCAAAGUUUGCUCAAAAAUGUCACAUUGAUUUUGCAGGCUCUGUUGGAUUCAUCAUUGACAAGUAUGGUGGUGACAAUGAUUUGUUGGAGAGACUGGUGGCACAUGCUGAAGGAUUUCCAAAAAAGUGUGGAUUCCCAUUCGAAUCGGUUGAAAGGUACACAGAGCAAGAUUACCCUGGACGUGAUCAAUUCAUAUCAAUCGUUGAAAAGGCACUUGCACAAUCACCUUUUUUAAAAUCGGAAUUCAAACAGAGGGACAGAAUAGAUGAACCCAUUUUAUAUGUACCCAAACAUAAUAUCGAGCGCGUCCUCAUUCCAUCACUUCUCAAAAAGAUUAUCAACCAAUAUUGUCGAUUUAGUCUCCAAGCCAUUGACAAUUCAAGCAUGAGACUAUGUAGACAUAUGUUUCAGUUCAUCUAUGGCGCCCCGAUCAAAUUCGAUAGUAUCAAUCCAUAUGAUCGUGUCACGAUCCUUUGUUUAAUGGUCGGUGCCGGUUACUAUCGAUUUGCAAAAGAAUUUAUCUUACACUUGAACAUGGCGAUUAUUGCAAUGGGUAACAAAAUGGAACAAUCAAUCGAUAUUUUAAUUCAAUUAUCCCUCCACUUGAUCAAGAAACCGUCACAACAACAAGCACUGGAGGAUAGUGAUAUUAACAUGCCAAUUGACCAACAAGUCGACUAUCAAGAAUUGGCAGAUCAAAUUUUAAAUCUCAUACCAGUUGAAUACCAACCAGAUAUUCUCUACCAUGCAAAAGAUUUGACAGACCUACAAUUAAUACCACUUUGGGAACGAUUCUAUUUGGAUUCAAACCUUGAAGGUUGGUUGGACCACCAUUCCUCACACCCUAUGUUUUUAAAGUACGAUCAAACAUUCUUUAAUCAUCUUGAAAGAUUGUAUCGACUCUAUCAAGAAUAUGGAAAGGAUCAAAAAAUGGAUCCACCACCUUUGGUUAUAACAUAUUUUAAAAUAUGGAAUCAAUGUUUGGAUAAAUAUUAUUACACCUUAAAUGACGAAAGCAACACAAUUGUCCGUCGUUAUACUCAACAAGAAUAUGAUGAUUUUAUCGAUUUGGCAACAUCAACUGGUUUCAUUCCUUUAAAACUUAUAAAAUAA